CAGAGUGUCACAACUCCAGUCGUCUGGCGCGCCUUAGCCGGGUGGCACCAGCUGCUUCUCGCUGCUGUCCUGGUCCCGAGGCCACCUUGCCCCUGUCCCACGGCCCCCCAGUUUCUGUGGGACAUCCUCCUCCUGCCCCGCUCUCUCGGGCUAUAAUCGCUAACUUCCUUCGCGGCAGAGCAGCCCCAUGAGCUCUCUAGGGGAUCAGGUACGCGACUGGCACCAGGGGGUACUGGCCGUGGCGCGCAAAGACUGGGAUUGCGCGCUGCGCCUCUUCUCAGUCGUCCGGGAGCCGUCGGCCAAGAUGUCCUUUAACAUGGGCUGCGUGCACCUGAUGGCAGGGGAUCCCGAAGCUGCUCUACGGGCAUUUCAGCAAGCAGUGGCCAAGGAUGCCUGCAUGGCUGUCGGCUUCUUCCAGCGAGGGGUGGCCUGCUUCCUUCUGGAAAGGUUUCAGGAGGCCGUGUCUGACUUCCAGCUGGCCCUGGCACAGCUGAGGGGCAAUGCUGCCAUUGACUACACACAACUGGGCCUGUGCUUCAGAUUGCAAGCCUGGGAGGUCUUAUACAACAUGGCGUCGGCCCAGUGCCGGGCAGGGCUCUGGACCAAGGCUGCCGAGACUCUAGCGGAGGCCAUCUCCAAAUGGUCAGAGGGGGCCCGAGAUAGCCUGGACAUUGCCCUGGACCGAGUGCAGCAACAGGUACCCCUACAGCUGCGGCAAGUCCCCAAAGGGGAGGUCUUCCAACCUCCCAGGCAACACUUAAAGCAUCUGGAGCCUGUGGAUUUCCUCGGCAAGGCUAAGGUGGUGGCUUCUGUCAUCCCUGACAACCACAACCCAGACGUCCGGCCUCAGCAGAGGUCCCAGGUGGAGCAAGUUGGCCAACAGUCUCCUCCAGCCAUGGUUUGCUGGCAUCCGGAGGGCCCGGCCCCUCUGAAGAUUCCUCAGGAGCUGGGCCUGUACUCUGUCCCCUUGGGUCCCAGGACCAAGUUGCCUUUAAAGACUAUGGAAGCCGUCUUCUGUCCCCAGGGAGCUGCUGCAAAGGACCCUGAGCCCUCGGAGGCUGUCACUGUGCAGUGCCACUUUACUGUGCCCCUGAAGGCCGCAAGAGGAACUGGCCUGUCCAGUUUUCGGACGCUGCUGGCCCAAGCGCUCCUUCACCAGGCCCAGACAGGGCAGCUCAGUUACAAAGCCCCAGGGCAGGAGUCCUGGAUCCCUAUCCCCUCGGAGGAGUCCUUGCAGAGUGUGUGGAGGAAUGUGGCCACGGGCCCAAGAGGACUGCAGCUGCAGUGCCGGGGGGCCUGGGGCCGGCCAGUCCUCUACCAAGUAGUAGCUCAGCACAGCUACCCAGCCCAAAGACCUGAGGAUUUGGGAUUCCGCCAAGGGGACACAGUGGAUGUUCUCUGUGAAGUGGACGAAGCAUGGCUGGAGGGGCACCGAGAUGGCUGCAUUGGCAUUUUCCCCAAGUGCUUUGUGGUCCCAGCUGGUGCCCGUGUGGAAGCCACACCUGUUCCGGGACCCUGGCCAGGAGACCAGCACUAGCAAUAAAUACUGUG